UGUGACUAGCAACAGUCAAUUUUCUCAGAAUUUGUGGCUACAAACAAGCACUUGGCAUUAAACUAGACAUCGUUAGAAGCGUUCGAUAUAUUACUAUUCAUCAUCCACUGGAGCCUUCUGCAGUGCUUAAGUUGGACAUCGUUUGAAAUGACAAAUCGCCUCAAAGGAAAUGAAAACACAAUGAAGAUGCAAACGCUUGAACAAUCCCAGAGGUUGAAAUUGUAGUAAAAAUUUCCACAACGGUUCAGGUUACUCGGCAAUGAGUAAAAAUGGAUUUUCGUUGAAGUGCUCCUGCAACCUCCCUCUUCCUCAGGUCGAAAAGAGAAAAUGUCGUGUUCAGUUUAAACGUGUGGUGAAAUACGUCUGUGGAGUUGAAACUGCCCUCAAACACUUCAAAUGAGAGUUAUCAGCAUCUGUUGAUCGUCCGUGUUCAGACUUCUAGAAUGCACCGACAUCCGAGUUUGCGCGUCCUGGGUGCCGUGGUGUAGCCCAUGUGCUCUAAUUCCAUUUACCAACUUCAGAGAAAAAGCAGUACAAAGUGUUAGCUUUUGACUAGAAUACCUAUAACGUAUAUGAAACGCAAAAGAAAAGGACUAUAUUUUACGGAAGCAAACAAGUGCUUUUUGCUCACGUCCGCAAUGCUUUUCCACGGCUUACCCGGAGGCGACAUUCACAGCGUGAUGGAAGAAAUUGAGCGCAGAGGGAAGAAUAACUCGGCUGCUAUUAGCUCGGCCAUAGAUAUGGGCGACAGAGAAACGAGCAUGCCAUCUAUGAGCGGCGAGCAUGUGGCUCUGUGUGCGGGAUGCGGAGGGAAAAUAUCCGACCGCUAUUUCCUGCUUGCCGUAGACAAGCAGUGGCACAUGCGAUGUCUGAAAUGUUGCGAAUGCAAACUCAACCUGGAGUCCGAGCUCACCUGCUUCAGCAAGGAUGGAAGCAUCUACUGCAAAGAAGACUAUUACAGAAGGUUUUCGGUGCAGAGGUGCGCGCGCUGCCAUCUCGGGAUUUCAUCCUCGGAAAUGGUAAUGCGCGCCCGGGACUUGGUAUAUCACUUAAACUGUUUCACAUGCACGACAUGCAGCAAAAUGCUGACCACGGGCGACCAUUUCGGCAUGAAGGACAGUCUCGUGUAUUGCCGUUUACACUUCGAGACACUCGUGCAGGGGGACUACGGACACUUCAAUCACACGGACGUAGCCUCAAAUAAAGCACUGGGUACAGCGCUCGCAAUCUCCUAUUACAACGGAGUGGGCAGCGUACAGAAAGGACGUCCGAGGAAACGAAAAAGCCCUGGUCCAGGAGCAGAUGUGGCCGCUUAUAACGCAGCACUAAGCUGCAAUGAAAAUGAUGCGGACCUCAUGGACAGAGACUCUCAGUACAGUUCUGGUCAGAAGACCAAGCGAAUGAGGACUUCCUUCAAGCACCAUCAGCUGAGAACAAUGAAGUCAUAUUUUGCCAUCAACCACAAUCCUGAUGCUAAGGAUUUAAAACAGCUGGCACAGAAAACAGGUCUUACAAAGCGUGUACUUCAAGUCUGGUUCCAGAAUGCCAGGGCCAAAUUCCGAAGAAAUCUUCUGCGACAGGAGAAUAAUGUGACCGACAAAGCUUCAGAUGGGUCAACUCUAGCUGGUGGAACCCCAUCUGGUCCCGCAUCAGAAAUUUCAAAUGCAUCUAUGAGCCCAUCUACUACUCCCACCACACUGACAGACCUCACUAACCCUACCAUGCCCACUGUCACCUCUGUACUGACCUCUUUGCCAGGCACCUUGGACAUGCAUGAGUGCCAGAGUCCUUCUCAGACAACACUUACCAGUCUCUUCUGAUGCCUUACACUCAGUGAUAAUGAACACUGACUCAGAGUUGUGUAAUUAUAAAGUGCAUCCUGAUUCCUGAUCCAAAUUGUGAAAGCAUCUACCACUGGUCCAAUUUACUUGGACACCACAUGAUAAAGGUUUUAUCACAAACACCACUUCUAGCUCUGAUUCUCACAGGUGCUGUUUGGUAUGACAAUACAAUACAUAAAAGGUAUGAUUAAUGGCACAAUCUUUCACAACUGUAAAAGUCACAUAAGUUCCAACAAGAUACAACAAUUUAUCGAUUCGAACUAGAACCAGAGGCAAUUAAAAUACUGUCAAAAAGAGGGAAAGACAAAAACAAACUUGAAAUUGAUUAAAAAGAAAAAAGAUUUUGUUUGAUUGUGAGCCUCUUUUAUAGUAUUGCAUAGAGCCAGGCAAACCACAGUCAAGGGAUGUUGAUUUUUUUGUUGCUGUUUUUGUCUAUGAUGGUGAUUCCUAUGAAAUUGAAGAGAAAUUAUUUGAAUUUUUUUUUUCUUCUGACCCAAAUAUGUUUUCACAGGCCAAGGAUAGAAGUACUCUCAUUAUUAGUGUUUGACUUCUUUCUUUAGUAAUUUUUUGCAACUGCAGACAGGAGUCAAUGUAAGAAAGUUGAUUAUAAUGUGAAUUAAUAGUAAAAUCUUAAAUGCCAUGUGCCUUAGAUGCAUUUUAGUAACCCUAUACAAAGUCUAUUUCUCAUUGCUAAAAUUAAAUGAAAUUUAAUUUGUGCAUGUGUAUAUCCAUCAAGGUAACAAGGUUUGGUAUACCUGCAUAAGUCUCUUCCUCCCUUUCACCUUUUCUCUCUUUAUUUCCCAAGAGAAGUUUAAAUAAUUAUACCAUAUAAAUUAUGUUAAGUGAAUAAACCACUAGCAAUUUU